GAUGAAGGUACAAAAGACCGUCCUUUUUGGAUUCUUCCUGUCUUCCCAUUCCUAAACUGCAUUUCAACACACACACACACACACACACACAAUUUCGUUUUUAUUAUAUAUAAUAUAUAAGAGUGAGGGGAUAUUGGAACAGUAGUAAUAAGUUGUGUAGGUCAAUUUUACACAAAGGGAUCAGAGGAGAAUUGUUUGAUGAUGAUGAUGAUGAUGAUGAGUGGAGGUGAAGAAGAGGGAAAUGGGAAUAAUGUUGUCCGAAGGGGUUGCAUAAAGAGCAGCAAAGGUCCAUGGAUUGUCCGAAGGACCACCAGAGACGGUGGUACGGUGACCAAGUUCCGGUAUCCUUCCGAAAGGGAGCGCCUGAAUAACAAGCAGAGGGAGCGGAACCGUCGAGCUGUGGCACACAACAUCUUCGCCGGACUCCGUGCUCACGGCAACUACAAGCUUCCGAAGAACGCCGACUCCAAUGAUUUGCUCAGAGCUCUUUGUGAAGAAGCUGGAUGGCAUGUUCAAGAGGAUGGAACUGUGUUCCGUAUCACAAACAAGGUACGAGGAUUUGAAUUGGGAUCAUCUGCAGAAACAGCGUGCUUGGGCAUGCAGCAGCAGGGUGAAUCUGAAGAUGAUGGGUACUGCACUUGUUCUUGUGAUCAUCAGCUGGUCCAAAAUGGGAUCAAUUUGUUGGGAUAUGGUCCACAAUUAAUUGAUUCAUCUGGAAGGCCUCAUUCGGAUCUUGAACUCUCACUCUCCCCUCCCAAUCAUCACUUGAAAUAUCUUGAGAUUAUGAUGUGAUUGAUUCAUGAUCAUCAUGGCUAGGCCGGCUUAUAUUUUCACAAGUCUUUUAACUAAUGAUUUAAAGAGAUUUUAGACCUAGUUAGUUUUCUCUUAAU